AUGGAAUGGUGGAGAAAGAAAAAUAAGCAGAUUAGAAGUUCGUUUGGGGCUCAGCGCCUUAACAAUCCUGUAUAAUUCACUUAGCCGAGCCAGCAGGUGUAGCAGGACCCCACUUUUCUCAGUCCGCUGACCAUAUGAAUAUCACUUUUAUCUUGACUCGUCUUCUCUGAGUCACUCACACAGAGUUGCUUUUCGAGGGAUAUCGUACAUUGUCGGGACGUACAAAAAAAACACAUCACAGUCCGUGUUGAUAUACAUUUGCCCUUUAAAAGACACAACAGAGAACUAUUUAUUUAACCUGAAAACAUAACAUGGGGAACGCCAAGAGCAGCGCCGUCUCCAAGGAGAUCCUGGAAGACCUGAAGCUCAGCACCAAGUUCACUGAGACGGAGAUCACCCAGUGGUACGAGAGCUUCCAGAAGUCGUGUCCCUCUGGACGUAUCACGCCCAUGGAGUUCGAGGUCAUCUACAGCCGUUUCUUCCCCGAGAGCAACGCCCAGACGUACGCGCAGCACGUCUUCCGCUCCUUCGACACCAACGAUGACGGCACGCUGGACUUCAAGGAGUACAUAAUUGCGCUGCACCUGACGUCCACGGGGAAGACCAACCGGAAGCUGGAGUGGGCCUUCUCGCUGUUCGACGUGGACAAGAACGGAUACAUCACCAAGUCGGAAGUGACCGAUAUCUGCAGCGCUAUUUUCAAGCUAAUUCCCAAGGAUGAACAGGCUGAGCUGCCCGAUGACGAGAACACACCGGAGAAGAGGGCCAACAAACUCUGGACAUUCUUUGAGAAAAAAGACAAUGAGCGAGUUGCAGAAGGAGAGUUCAUCAAGGGUGUGAUGGACAAUGAGGAUGCGCUUCGCCUCAUUCAAUACGAACCUGCCAACAAGUAACCCCUGCUAAUAAGGUCCUAUUGUACUUACAUUUUCGUCAUUUAGCAGACGCUCUUAUCCAGAGCGUCUUACAGUAGUGACUGUAUACAUUUUCAUACUGCUCCCCCGUGGGAAUUGAACCCACAACCCUGGCGUUGCAAGCGCCAUGCUCUACCAAUUGAGCUACACCGGACAUUACUUUAUACUAUAUACUGGUAUUGCACAAAUUCUAUAUAUUUUUGGGACUUGAUAUUUAGCUUCAGAAUGUUUUGAGAAAGGCUAAAGAGUAUUGAGAGCUGGUAGGAGGGGUUUAGAAAAUGAAAGCAAGUAUUGAGUAAUCUGUUGAUAAUACUUCAUACUCAUUAGCUAAUCAUUCGUAAAAUAUUUUGAAAUGUGUACCAAUAAAGCAGCAAUAAUAACAAAGGUAGUGCAAUCUUAGGAUAAUGUUUUAGGACCUUUUAGAGAUUGUGUUUAAAAUUGAACCUGUGUUGUAAAGACAUGGAUGUUGAUACCGACAGACAAAAUCUAAAAUAAAGGUCAAGGGCUAAAUACUGUAGACUCACAGAAUGCCAACUACGAUACAAGUCUUUAUGACAUUUACCUCUCCUCUUUUCGAAGUAGAAAGAAACUUGGUAAAAUUUGUUGAAACUACUUCACUCAGAGUUUGUCCCUGUUAUUGAAAGAUAAGGAUUGUGCGUUUCAAUUCGUUUCUUUGUCUUAAUAUUAUCCUCUGAAAAUGAUAGACACAAACUUUAUAGAAGUGCAAACGCUUGGACUGAAAUUAUUGCUGAACUAGUGUUUACUCUGUCUGUUGAGCACAGUUCUAGCAGCAUUUGAAGUCUCACUCAUUUAAUACACACACCUUUUAUUUUGAUAAGAUACUGACUUUAUGAAAGAGUUGUCAUAAACUUUAGAUUACAUUAGCUUCAAGCCUCAUUAGAUAACAAUGGCCCUUUAAUAGUUCUUAGAGAGCUGAGGUGUGUGGCAAGGCAAAAUCAAAUCUGUCUAUCAGAUUAUUUGUGUUUGUUUUUAAUUAUUUGUGUUAUUUCUGUUUCCCCCCUCUGUUUUUGUAAACAAUUUGUUUUGCUGUUUUGAUUCAAAAGUAUUAUUGUGAAAUAAAGCAUUUCAAAAUGU